UGACAACGAAUCGUAACAUUUCAAAUUUAAUGAUCAGGGAGCGUGCAGGUGCCCGUUCUAAAAGAGGAUAUCGAUUGAAAUGUGCAACCGAACCAAUCGGAACGCGUUUUACUAAAACGGCGCUGGACCAAUCAGUGUCGAAGAUGGAAGGCGGUGGGAAGGGGGCAAUACGUGGAGUUUCGAGGUGCGGAAUAUCUCGAAUGUGAGGAAAAAUACCCCUGCCUUAACUCUGCUUUCGAUGGCGUUAAAAUAGCCCGCUCGUGAGAUGAUCGUGUUUUUAAUUAUUAGCUACAAAUAAAUUGAGACGUUCCCAGUAGGGUGAUUCUUUCUCUCUAUCAAUUCUCGGUCACGUGGUACCUCCCGAGAUGGCGGCGGCGGCGGCGAUGGACGAGGAGUUCGAGGAUGCCAUAGACGUGGAGCCCCUGGAACCGACCCUGUCCAAUAUUAUCGAGCAGAAGUCCCUCAAGUGGAUCUUUGUGGGUGGGAAAGGAGGCGUGGGCAAAACCACGUGCAGCUGUAGUUUGGCUGUGCAGUUGGCAGAUGUUCGGGAAAGUGUGCUGAUAAUUUCCACAGACCCAGCUCAUAACAUCUCUGAUGCAUUUGAUCAGAAAUUCUCAAAAGUUCCAACCAAAGUGAAAGGCUAUGAUAAUCUGUUUGCUAUGGAAAUUGACCCAAGCCUGGGAGUGGCGGAAUUACCUGAUGAAUUUUUUGAGGAAGAUAAUAUGCUAAGCAUGGGUAAGAAGAUGAUGCAGGAAGCAAUGAGCGCAUUCCCUGGCAUCGAUGAAGCUAUGAGCUAUGCUGAAGUAAUGAGGUUGGUGAAAGGCAUGAAUUUCUCAGUGGUAGUGUUUGACACAGCACCAACAGGGCAUACGUUACGACUUCUGAACUUUCCGACUAUCGUUGAGAGGGGACUUGGGCGACUGAUGCAAAUUAAAAACCAGAUCAGCCCUUUCAUUUCCCAGAUGUGCAGUAUGCUUGGACUUGGUGACAUGAAUGCAGAUCAACUUGCUUCAAAGCUAGAAGAAACCUUACCUGUCAUUCGUUCAGUCAGUGAACAGUUUAAAGACCCGGAGCAGACCACCUUCAUCUGUGUUUGCAUUGCUGAGUUUCUGUCCUUAUAUGAGACUGAACGACUAAUUCAAGAGUUGGCCAAGUGUAAGAUUGACAGCCACAACAUAAUAGUAAACCAACUAGUAUUUCCAGACCCUGGGGAGAAACCGUGUAAGAUGUGUGAGGCUCGACACAAAAUCCAAUCCAAAUAUCUAGACCAGAUGGAAGAUUUGUAUGAAGAUUUCCACAUUGUGAAGCUCCCAUUGUUACCUCAUGAAGUCAGGGGCACUGACAAAGUCAAUACUUUCUCUAAACUCCUGCUUGAGCCUUACAAGCCACCUAGUAAAUGAACAGACUUCCCUCAUUCCGUUUCAAAACUGAGGCAAAGAGAUCCAAGAUUUGUAAUUUAUUAACACUAUGUUUGUAGGAAGGAGUUGGGGAGGGGAUGCCUGGAUGUUAUUUAUUGUUUUUGAUCAAUUUUUGAUUUCUGGUUAUUGUAACUUUUAAGGAGGUGAUUUUGCAUUGCCUAUAUGUGAUCUCAAGACGUUAUGUCAAAGUUGUAGAAUAGAGCAUUAUGUAUCUACAGCUUUAUUCUGUGAUUAACCACUUAAAAAGAAAAUGGCUUUUGAGCUUCAAACUCUUCCCCUCCUGUUAAUGAUUUUCUGUCCCCUCUCAAGUGACCCGAUGUCUUGAGGACCCAAUGCAUUUUCUGUAAUCCUCCUUCCAGUAGUGGUUCAGUUGCGGUUGCUGCUUCUCCAGUUGAACACCUCAAAAUGAAGUGAUUGGUUUACUAUAGGAGCAACAAUUAUAUUAGGAAGCAACAGUGACCCCUUUCCUACUCCCCACCCCUGCCUCAUUCCUUUCCACAGAUGCUGCUAUCUAAAAAUAGUGUUAUGAAACUGGCUCAUUAAACACUUAGACACAAGCAAGCUACUCUCAUAUAACUCCAGGUUUCAUCUCUGCAGCAAUUGAAGUUGUUCAUUAUUUAUGUGAAUGUGAGCCAGCUGCCCAAUAUUAGGCAAUAAGUUCACAUUUUUGAGACCAAUUCAACAUUUCAUAUAUCUUACAAGUAUUUCAUUAGAGUCUUCCUUAUUUCACUCACCUAUCCAUGAGGUGAGCACACCAAAUACAUCUUCUGUCUUUUUCAGAACGUGGGUUAUAUGAGAAAGCUACUCGCAUCCUGACCACUGACAAAAUACUUAAAACGGUGCAUUAGGUUUAAAAACUUAUCUGGCAUUGCUUGUUCUGGUGUUGUCAGGCAUCAGAUUUGAUUUAACACUUACCUAAGAUUUUACCUGUGUUGAUAUGCUGCUUUGAAUGCUCUCCGUGCUUUAUGGGAUCUUCUCCAACUUGGAAAGGAUCUUAAUGAAGAGAAUGGGCUAUGAAGAGCCUAUGCACACUUGGUAUUUUUGAAACCUGUCCCUUUUGUUGCAUUGGGUCUGUUUGCAGAUUCCCUUGUAGCCGUUGUUUUCUUUAACACUGUUCAUGGUUCGACUCUGGGCCAGAUGGGAGUUGGUCUGGAGCCUCUUCCCUGAAUUUGGGGUGAGGGGUGGGAUUGGACUGUUUAUACUUUCUGACUGAACCUUUGCAUCUGUGAAAUGGCUCACCUAGUUUACCAUAAUGAGCCAUUAUGGAGCAGGAAGAUCAAAUGGUGGGCAAAGUACAGAGGUCAAAGUGGUGAUGUUUGCCAGGGCAGGAGUGGACAAGACUAGCUAUGGUUCCUGCUGCUUGUCCUUGUCUGUAUUCUCCUGGGCUGAUGAGUAUUUGGAAAUUGCUUGUUGGCCUGACACCUGAAAGUGACCACUUAGUACAGAAUGCUGUCUAAACUGUGCAUGGUGUCCACCUGACAAUCAACACCUUUUAUUUGAAUGGGGGCAUUUUUAAUGUGGGGGAACAAAUUCAAUAAAUACCUAAUUAUUCAUGGUGGUUUCACCACACACAAGUACUGAAAUUGUUUUUUAAUAGUUUGUGAAGACUGUGAUGAGUUGUCUUGAAUGCAUAAUUCUGAGACUGUCGUUGAAGUCAAAAUGCAGACUAAAUACUACAGAUGCCAUACACUACUCGGUGACUGCAAAUUGUGUGUUUUAUUUCCCUCCCAUAUCGAGGACUGCAUGUUGAAUGACAGAUCCACUUUGCUCCAGUCAGUGAUCUGAAAAUGGUACAAUAGAUCGAGUUUGUGUUUUAAUGUUCCGGAAACUCUGGUGGGAAAGACAAGCUUAUUUAAAAGGACUAGGGCAAUCAUCACCUGCUUUCUGUUCACUUUAGACAAUUAUCUACUCUGCAACAGACACUUCCCAUUAACUAAACAGACAGUUCCUCGAGUUUUAACUAACCAACUCUCAUUAAAGAAAGAUGGGCAGAGAGAUGGAGGGAAGAAUACAUAACCCAGAAUGCUUUUUUUAGAUAAGAAAAACAACCUGCUCACAAACAACAAACACAACUCAUGGAUUUGAAAUUAAUCCUAUAUUUUAAUUUAAAGCCCAUCCCCCAAAGUGCUUUUCUGCAGAGUGACCUUUUGGUCGCCUCCAAUAGCUCAUUUGAUUCCAAAUGUAUGCCAUGUGGUUGAGUAGUAUAUGUCAGUGGUUCCCAAUCUAUAUUGACUUGACAGAAUCCAUCCCAUUUAAGGGAGGUGGUCCAAUAUUUAGUAUCUGAAGGUAGGUCUGGUAAAGAGAAAUUUACCUGGGAUUCCUACUCCUGAACUGUUUGUAGGGUGUCUGAGCAUGGUUGGAAGAUACACAUUUGUGGGUGACGAGUGAGCAGAAUGUACUUCAAUGAAUUGAUAGCUUGUGACCCUGCAAAAAGCAGUGAUAAGGGCGAGAUACUGGAAGUUACCAACUGUAUGACCAGACCCUAACUAUCAGCAGAAGAAAGAAAAUUAUAGAGAAAAGCUAUCUUUUUAAAGUAGUAACACUAAUUGUUAUUAAUAUUGUUUGAGUUCAGUUUAAAUUGUACAAGGGCAAACUUUAUUGUAUUGUUUACAAUAAUUUCUGGGAUGGAGAUGGCGACUAAAUGAAUUAAAACUCUUGAAAUAUAUAA